AUGACCGAGCACCUCUCCUCCAACGUCGUCAACUACCUGGUCUGGAGGUAUCUGCAAGAGGCUGGAUACGCCAAAGCAGCGCUGGCGCUGGCGCAUGAUUGGAACGAUGAGCCCGAGACGCUGCCCUUCGCCGACAAGGUCCAGACGCACACGCUGCUGCGCAUGCUCCAAGAUGGCCUGUGGCUCGAUGAUAUGCGCGCCGCUGCCUCCAAUGGUACCGAGGAACGCCGCUACCAGUUUGGCCGCGAUCACGGCCGUCCCUUUGCCCGUUACAACGGCGACGCGCGCCGCCGGAAAACCCUGUCGAGCCGACGCGUGCGGAAGGAAGAAGUCAAUGGAACCGCCGCUGAUGGAGACGCCCCCGCCCGGAAGAAGAAGAAAGGCAGCAAUGAGGCGCAGGCGCGUGUGAAUGGCGAUAUGGAGAUCGAAACUAAUGGCGCUCCCGCCGAGUCGGAAGCCAUUGUUUCGGAUGCUGAUUCGGUUAUCGAGGAAGAAGUGGCGCCCUUGGUCACCACCCUGAGUCUCGGCGAAAGCGGCGGGCUGCAGACUGAGAAGAUCACAGAUCUAGGGCCUCAGACCACCUUUUUACGAAUUGACGAGCCAGGAGCCACUGUAGUCCACACCGAGUGGAGUCCCACGGAGCCUCAGCUCCUCCUAACGGCUGGCGAAUCCCUGUUACGCAUCUACCACAUCCCCAAUUCAUCACAAACCCAGCCAGACGCCCCGACAGAACCCGUAUCACGAGACCUGGACAUCGGUCUGAAUCACCCAACCGUUACCGCUGUCGCCUGGACCUUGCCUGGCGAGGCACUCAUUGGCACGCUGGAAGAUAUGACCGCAGACAGCGGCGAGAAGAUGACCAAAGGAAAGCUUUACCAUCUAAGCGAAGGCGGACUGCAGACACGCUUGGUCACGGCUGUGCUUGGCAGUGUGUUUGCUCUGCGCUACAACGCGCCAGCGAACCUCCUCCUGAGCGUGUGCAGCACAGAUGUCAACUCGCGCAUCUGUGUGUGGAAGGAGAUAAAGCAGGAGCCUCUCUACAGCGCACAGACCGACCAUCCCGUUUUCGCAGCCGAAUGGAUGAACGACUCGACAUUUGUCGUGGCCGGUUACGGAAUCCUUGAGGUCUACGAAAUUACCGCUGAAAACAAGCUGGUAGUCCAAAAAUCCUUCACAACAAGCACGCGCUGGGAGAACCUCCGCUACGAUCCCGUCUGCAACAUUAUAGCCUGCAGCAGCGCUUCCGACGAAACUCAUCCAAAACUCGGUCUCAUUCUCCCCGGAGACACGGAAAUACGCACGCACGAGUUCGCACCGGGAGAAGAUAUCACCGGCCUUGAAUUCCAACCGAUUACCAAUCCCGCCUCGCAUAACGCCGACUCGCAUCGCCUGCUCGCAACAUCCUCAGACUCUGGCUUCUGGACGGUUCAAUUUUGGAAUGCGAAGAAGCCAUUUGAGAACGUGCAAAGAUUUUCGAGCGGUUCAGUCAUCGAAAUUGCCUUCUCACCAGAUGGCUAUCUUCUGGCCGCUGCUGGAACCGACACGGUGACCUUCUGGGAUCCAGAAGUCGGGAUAGCAAAGGCCAAGUGGAAACCGGCAGACAACGACGAACAAAAAUGGGACACCACUUUGCCAGAUGCACGGGAUACGGAGCUGGAGCAUCUCCUGAGAUGGGAUGCAGACGGAAAAAAGUUGGCGUACAAAUUGGGGAACCAGGUUGCGAUUAUCAAUUUCUGGUCGAUGAAUUCCACGGCGCAGAAAGUGUAA